AUCAGUUGGUUGUAUUAUUCUUAAUACCCAGGGAUUUCUUUAAUUGCCGACUAUUUCCCAUCGAGCGCCAGCUCCUUUUUUGUUAUAUAUGUUGUGUACACACGUUGGGUACCCUGUGCGGAAGCGCGGUUACUCAGCUGGUCAGAGUGUUCUCCAGUGUAUGAACAGGCUCGUUGAUUAUAUGCUAAAUAAAGGUUCAUUAACACCUUCCUACAUACUCAACAACUGGCGACGAGCUGGUGAAGGACUCAACGACCAAAGGAUCGUAAGUAAACACUGCAAUUCCUGCAUUUACUCCUCGAUCAAAUCUUACGGAAUUCAAGAUGGCUGCCAGUCAUACGAUAGGCAACAUGCAGCCGUUUGACGAAGCCACAGAAACAUUCACUUGUUACGUUGAACGGUUAGAGCUAUUCUUUGAUGCUAACAACAUAAAUGAAGACAAAAAGACAGCCUCGCUACUUAGUUUAAUCGGUCCCAAAACCUACAAUCUGUUACGAGGUCUGACCUCACCCAGAAAACCCAAGGACAAAACAUACCAAGAGAUCAUAGAAAUACUUGAGGGUCAUUUAUCACCACCCCCGCUCGAAAUUGCAGAGCGUUACAAAUUCCACCAAAGGAAUCAAGCGCUUGGCGAAGAUAUCAACGCAUUUGUGGCCUCAUUGAAACAAAUGACUGAACAUUGUAAUUUUGGGGAAUUUCUUCCCCAGGCCCUCCGCGAUCGAUUUGUUUGUGGUUUAGCAAAUGAAUCUAUUUCUAAGAAAUUGCUGUGCGAGCGCGAUUUAACCCUAGAAAAAGCAGUCACCAUCGCCAAAGCAAUGGAACAGGCAGGGAAAGGUGCCAAUGCAUUCCACCAAGCACACACAAUCCCUGAGACUGGAGCCCAGACCCCCGAAUCUGCCCGACCACAUCAGUCCCGCGUUUUCAAAAUGGAGCAAACCCCACAGAAAUGUAUGAGCUGUGGCAAAAACACACACGCGCGCAGGGACUGUAAGUUCUACAAUGCCAUUUGCCGCAUAUGCAACAAGCGCGGACAUAUUUCUGAUAUCUGCAUGUCCAGUAUCAAUCGCAAAAAGAGCACCCCAAGCAAGACCAAACCCACCCACUGCGUAGAGCAGGAAAUCUCAGAGGGGGAGGAAGAUGAGAUCCAGUGCUUACACAUUUUCAAAUGUGAUACAACCAGUCCCCCUAUUCUAGUACAAGUCAACAUUGAAGGGUCCCCGGUUAGCAUGGAACUGGACACGGGUUCGUCAGUGUCAAUCAUCCCGCGCAAUGUUUACGAGAGUACAUGCAAACACCUAGAGCUCAAACCCGCUAAAGUAAAGCUUCGCACGUAUGGUAAUGAGAUAAUAGUCCCUAUGGGUGUGGUCAACGCGAACAUUAGUUAUAACGACAAAUGCUGUGAGGCAAAGAUGUAUGUCGUGGAUGGACCUAGAGUUGCACUCUUUGUUCGCUCUUGGCUGCGCCUAUUCAAACUUGAUUGGCCAUCAAUCAAGUUGGUUCAAGGCAAGAACACUGCACUGUCAGACCUCACAGAGAAGUAUCAAGAUGUUUUCAGCGACGAACUAGGCUGUCUCAAGGGAUAUGCUGCGCAGCUACACGUCCGUGAUGGGGCAACUCCAAUACACCAAAAGCACCGCACAGUUCCUUUUGCCAUCCGGCACCAGGUGGAAACAGAACUAGAGAACUUAGAAAAACAGGGGAUAAUCUCUCCUAUCCCCAAUAGCGAAUGGGCAACACCUGUUGUCCCGGUGGUGAAGAAAUCUGGUGGUAUACGCCUGUGCGGGGAUUUCAAGGUUACGUUAAACCCUGAGUUAGUGGCCGAUUCCUAUCCCCUUCCAACCCUAGAUGAUCUGCAAGAAAAAAUGAACGGUGGGUCUUUCUUUUCUAAGUUAGACCUUACCAAAGCAUACUCCCAGAUACCACUCGACGACUCUGCUAAACAGUUCACAACCCUGACCACUCACAAAGGAUUGUACGCCUACAACCGACUUCCAUUUGGCGUAGCGUCCUCAGCGGCGAUUUUCCAGCGACAGAUGGACAGAAUUUUCAAGGACCUUCCACAAGUACUGUGUUACCAAGACGACAUUCUGGUGACAGGAAGAGACAGCGAAGAACACCUUACAAACCUGGAAGAAGUUUUGCGACGCCUACACGCCAACGGUCUCACAGCACAACGAGAGAAGUGCGAAUUCAUGCAGCCAUCGCUAAAAUACCUCGGUCACGUCAUCGACAAAGACGGAAUCCACCCCACGAGUGACAAGGUAGAAGCCAUCAAGACGGCACCAUCACCUCAGGAUGUAACCCAGCUCCGUGCGUUCUUAGGCCUGGUAAACUACUACCAGAAGUUCCUACCCAACCUAUCACAGGUCUUACAACCUCUUCAUCAACUGCUGAAGAAGGACACCAAGUGGUACUGGAGUGCCGAAUGCCAGAAAGCGUUCACCAAUGUCAAAUCAAUGAUCACAGUUGACAACGUGCUGGUGCCCUAUAACCCAGAUCUCCCAAUCAUACUCGACUGUGAUGCGUCGGCAUACGGCCUGGGUGCUGUUCUGUCGCACCAAAUCCCCGAUGGGACAGAGCGUCCCAUCGCGUUUGCCUCGCGGACAAUGAACAGCAGCGAGAAGAACUACGCACAGAUCGACAAAGAAGCCCUCUCCAUAAUCUUUGGCGUUACCAGAUUCCAUAUCUAUCUCUACGGACGCAACUUCACCCUCAGAACGGACCACCAGCCGCUCAUGGCCAUACUGGGCCCCAAGAGAGGAAUCCCUCCCAUAGCAGCCAUGCGCAUGCAACGAUGGGCCACCAAGUUAUCGGCAUACUCGUAUGAUAUCCAAUACAGGUCAUCUAAUGACCACUCCAACGCAGAUGCUCUUUCUCGCCUCCCCCAACACAAGGCUCCCAAGGAUGGGUAUUUUGACCUCGCCGAUUUAUACCAAGUGGAACAGAUGGAUCGUCUUCCCGUCACAGCAGAUGACAUAAGAGAGCACACGGCAGCUGACCCCUUGCUCCACAAAGUACACGAUUAUGUGCUGAACGGAUUCCCUCGCACGACCCCGAGCAACAAUAUGAAACCGUUCCUGACGUGUGCACCCGAACUAUCUCUUCACGAGGGAUGUGUCAUGCGAGGCCAUCGCGUUGUCAUUCCGAGCGCACUGAGAGCACGCACUCUAGACGAGCUGCACGAGAGUCAUUUAGGAAUUGUCAAGAUGAAGGAGCUUGCCCGUGGCCACAUAUGGUGGCCAGGAAUAGAUAAAGACAUUGAGGACCUGGCAAAGAGUUGUGGACCGUGCAACACCACACGGAAUGCACCCCCAUCGCAGUACCACCCAUGGGCCUACCCACAAGCACCAUGGGAGAGGAUACACAUUGACUUUGCCGGACCCGUGGAUGGGAUACAUUUUCUAGUUGUUGUCGACGCUUACUCCAAAUGGCUGGAAAUAGUUCCCAUGCGCACGACUACAGCUCCGGCAACCAUCAAGGUUCUUCAUGAUCUUUUUGCUCGUUUCGGGCUACCCAUUCACGUAGUCAGUGACAAUGGCUCACAAUUCACUUCAGAAGCUUUCGACAAGUUCAUGAAGCAGAAUGGCAUUAAACACAGGGUCCUCCAUCGCAGAUCAUUGCAGACUUCCUCUUGAAACAGCGCAACACCUCUAAUGCAACUACCCAGCAAACACCGGCCAAACUUAUGUUGGGAAGAAACCUGCGCACACGUUUAGAUUUGUUGUCGCCAUACAGACCAGCAUCUCCUAAGACGGCACCUGCACUAUCACAACCGUCACGAUGCUUUACCAUUGGCCACAAGGUAUGGUAUCGAGACUUCAGCGUCUCUGGGGGGAAGUGGUCUCCAGGGUGCGUAACAACAAAGAUCGGGAAUGUGAUGUACGAAGUACAGCCAGACAAGUUCCCCCAACAACACGUUCGACGUCAUUCAGACCAGCUCUGCGAAAGAACUGCACCUCCUUAUCAAGAUAGCAUGUCUCACCGAGAUCACCAGCUACUUCCGAUGACCACGCCAGCAGCUGAGCCACUCAGCUGCACAGAGGAAGAUGGCGACGCUACAGAAACAUUAAAUCCCCCUCAAACAACAAGACAGCAAAAUCCACCGACGAUCAGUGAGGAAGUUCCCGAGGAUGCGGGAGAGCUGGACAUGCCUAGGAGAUCGUCACGCGCGAACAAGGGCAUAGCGCCAGACAGGCUGAACUUAUAAUCGGACACGUUACGUCGUUAGUUAGGCUACCCCCGACCCCACAGCUUCCUUAGAAGAGGGGGAAAUGUUAUAUAUGUUGUGUACACACGUUGGGUACCCUGUGCGGAAGCGCGGUUACUCAGCUGGUCAGAGUGUUCUCCAGUGUAUGAACAGGCUCGUUGAUUAUAUGCUAAAUAAAGGUUCAUUAACACCUUCCUACAUACUCAACAUUUUUUUAAAAGUCAACUGUAGUUUUAUUUGAACUAAAAAGA